UCAUAUCAACAUAACCCAAAUACAAUUCAUAGUUUUUCUUUGCCAAAUUUUGCACACACAAAAGGCAAAAGAAAACACACACACAAAGAGAUGGGGAAAGAGAUUGAUAUUAAUGAAAUGGAAGAAGUUUUGGCGAAAUCAUUAGCAUUGUCGAACAACAACGUUAGCGUAGGGAAGCGCGAGAUGCCUCUGCUUGCGCUCAACCACGUCUCGUUUGUCUGCAAAUCUAUCAAGAAAUCCGUCGAAUUUUAUGUGCAAGUUCUUGGUUUCGUCCUCAUCAAAAGGCCCUCUUCCUUUGACUUUGAAGGAGCUUGGCUGUUCAACCACGGGAUCGGAAUCCAUUUGCUACAAGCGGAAAACAUAGAGAAAAAGAAGAGCAAAAUAAACCCAAAAGAUUGUCACAUUUCAUUCCAAUGCACAGAUAUGAAUCUAAUUAUAAGUCAAUUGGAAGAAAUGAAUAUUGAAUAUGUGACAGCAGUUGUGACUGAAGGUGGAAUAAUUGUGGAUCAGAUAUUUUUCCAUGACCCGGAUGGUUAUAUGGUUGAGAUAUGCAACUGCCAGAAUUUGCCGGUUCUCCCGCUCUCGUCUUGCCCACUUAAAAAAAUGCCGAGCCCUAAUUUCAGUCUCGCGAAAGUACCCUCUUUCUAUGGGAAAAAUCAAUGUGGUGGAGAAGUGGAAGCCUUAAUGAUGGAGAACUUGGCAAUGGACUUGUUGAACUUUUCCAUCUGAGAGAGAGAGAGAGAGAGAGAUGCUAUGCCACAAAAUACAAAUUCUUUUACCAUAAAUUGGAAUUUUAUAUGGAGAAAUUGAGAUGCUCGAGAAUUUUAUUUAUUAUUACACGUAUAAUAGUUAGUGAAUUUAAAUUUAUUUUUGUUUAUGUUUUGUUGUUGUUGUAAAUUAGGCUCUCAUUUGGAGUGAAUUUCAGUGUGAUAAAAAAAAAUGAGCAAUUUUUUGUUUUUAUUUU